AUUUAUUAAUAAUGUAGUCGGUAAUAUGGUUCUUAGGAUCUUUCUUCCGUACUAUUCCAAGUCUAGGGGUCCCCCUAGACUUAGGUUUCAGAUAAUGGGCAAACGAGGUAAGAGGUUCCAGGUGCUGGUUGUUGCUAAUCAGAGAGAUCCCAGAGAUGGAAAACACAUGGAGGUUCUUGGAAGUCUACAAAGGAAGCCACUAAAUCCCAUCCCUUCGGCUAUUGAUGAACCUCACGAUAGUUUGUCUGAGAUAAGGCUGAGGUUUAGUCGAAUAAAGUUUUGGCUUGGCGUAGGUUGCGAUAUGAACAUAUCUGUGCAAAAGGCACUUGCCCAUGCAAACUUGAUCCCGCCUCCUCCUCCGAAAUUUGGAGAACGGACCAGAGGACAUUAUCACUUACUUUCAAAAAUCGCAGAUCAGACAUCAAAAAUGCAUCUUAGUAAGGCAAAGGCAUUUCUUCAGUUGGAUCAACCAUCAUUUACUGAGCGUGUUGAGGAGCCAUAUGUACCAGAUAUAGAAGAGACACCAGCUAGAAUAAUUUUAGAGAAGUUGUACCCACCAGAGUUUAAAGAUUUGACUAGAAAGACAGUCAACUUUGAUCCUAUAAAGGAUGUAGAGAAGGAGGAAAACACACAAGUCAUUCGUAGGAUAGUAAGAUAAAGUACGU